AUGGCCCGACUGCAGCAACGAUAUCGAGGCGUUCGACAACGACAUUGGGGCUCUUGGGUCUCCGAAAUUCGCCAUCCUUUACUGAAGACUAGAAUUUGGUUAGGAACAUUUGAGACAGCAGAAGAUGCAGCAAGAGCCUACGAUGAAGCAGCUAGACUAAUGUGUGGUCCAAGGGCUAGAACUAACUUCCCUUACAAUCCCAAUUACGCGAAUCGCCCUUUCUCUUCUUCCUCGAAGCUUCUAUCAGCCACAUUGACAGCAAAAUUGCACAGGUGCUACAUGGCUUCUCUUCAAAUGACUAUGAAACAAACAAUGCAGGAACAACGCCCUCAAGUAAUUCCUUCGCGUGAACCAGCAAUCCCGAGCAAUGCCACUGCCAUUAAAUUAGAGAGUGCUAAUAACUAUGAAACCAGUUUUUGGCCAGCAGAUUAUGAGAAGAAACCAAUGGUGCAAGUGCAAGAAAUCAAGCCACUUGAAGAAGACCACAUAGAGCAAAUGAUUGAAGAACUUCUUGAUUAUGGCUCCAUUGAGUUUUGCUCAUCUAACUAG